AUGAACGAGUUGGAACCACGUUAUAAUCUUUAUGAUUUAUUAAUUGCAUAUAAAAAUGCUUGUGAAAAAAUUCAAUCAAAUGAUGAUUUGAAAACUUCAAAACUUGCUGAAACACAUAAUGUUAAUGAAAGAGUUUGGACUAUUUCCAAUCAUAAAGUUGUUCAUCAGGGUAAGUGUGGUUGUGAUAGAGUUGGUUAUGGAGAGACUCAUUACCAAAAAGCAGAAAUUCACCCAGAAUUGCUUAUACAACUUAAAGAAGCUAUGGAUACUUUAGUUAUCUGUGAACUUGAUGUUGGUCUAUGUCAGAAUGUUCGUGCCAGUUCUCUCGUAUUCCAGAUUCAGUGGACAAUAUCAGAAUUGAGAGAACGUUUUUACAAUGAAAAUAAUAUUUCUAGAGAGUCUGGACUUUUGGAACAAUCAUCAAUAAGACGAGAAAUACGAGGUGCGUUGUCUGACUUGUUUCAUUUUUUACGAUUUCCUCUUAUUCCACAACGCUUUCGUCAAUCUAUAAUUAAUUGGAUGACACAAUUGGCUGCCAUUUUACUUGACGUUCCUAAAAGUGAAGAUCAAUUCUUUUUAUUGGCUCAUAUUUUAAGAACUCCAUCUCCUUUGGAAAACUGGGCUGCUCCUUUGGUUCAAACUUUUUUGACAACCCCAACUCUUGAAUUAAAGAAACCAAUUGACAACUUUGUUGCUAUGCUUAACAUGUUAAUGCAACCAAUAAAGCAAGUUUUGUAUCGUGAUCAAUUUUUAAUGCCAAUCACUCGAUUUUAUGAAGGAGAAAAUAGUUGGAAUAUGGUCUCUGAAAGUGGAGAAAUGGAAGAUGGAAAAUUGACUGAUAUAAGCGAAGCAAAUUUAAUUGAAGUGCUUGCUCAAUUUACUGUGAGGCCAUUACUUGGCAUUGCUUUUCGAUAUUUUACUUUAAUACAUAAAGGUAUUCGACUCCAAAUUCUUUGUUCUCUGGUUUCUUUUGUUGGAACUCUUAUUAAAAUUCUUGAUGAUGGUCUUAACACUUAUUGUGCAAUGCCUGGAUUUUCUAAAAGAAUUGCUGAUAUUAUUAGCAAAGUUAUUGUUUGUUUUUGCACAUAUUGGCGUUUAAUUCGGACAGAUUUAGAAGAUACUGAAAGACGUUUAAUGCAAAAUGAAGUGAAUAGAGUUAUGCUACAGUCGAUAUUUUAUCUUACUUCAAAGAAUAACGCGGCAAUUCGUCAAUUUCUCGUUAAUCUUCCAUAUGACACUAUAACUGAAAAUUGUCGUCUUCGUUGUCAAUUAUUACUUCGUGAAUUGCCAAAUAAAAAUUCUACAACAGUUUCUUCUCUUUAUUUAAUUCCUGAUUGUCAAUUACUUAAUACAUUAAAAUCUUGUUCCCCAUUAGUUGAUCAAUUGGGUAGUGGCACAAAUUUGCGAGAAAGUGAUGAUAUUACUUAUACUGUACAAGCUUUGGCAUCAAUUGUUUCUCAUUCUGAACAAGAUGUUUUGCAUUUUGUUACUGAAUUAAUUGAUAUUUGUUUUCUUAAUGAAAAUACACGACAAAGUUUAUAUAAGGUUGGGUCUGAAGCAAUGGCCAUUUUGCUUGAAAGAAAUCCAAAUUUGCUCAGUCCUAUAUUGAGAUAUAUUGAUCGUUAUGUGGACCAUUUAGAUGAUUAUACCGUUAAUAUUCUCAAAAAUGUUCCUUUAAAUAAAUGUGUUCUUUGUUGUGAAGAUGUCACUGACCGACUUGGUAAAUGGCUUAUUCAGAGACCAGUUAAUCAUCCAGCAUCCGCUAUUGCGAGGUUAGUUUUCUCUUCAAUGAAUUGGUCAUCAACAUUUGCUGAUGUUUCGAUCCCGAUAGAAGUCCAUAAUAUCUGUGCUGAAACAUUAGUUAAAGCACAUUUUGUUCAUUGUAAACAACGAAAUAGUCUUAUUUCUAAGCCUCUUAACAAAAUUUCUCGUUUGGCAACCAAAUGUCCAGAUCUUGAACAAAUGUUUGAUAGAUUCUGUUGGGAUAUUUUAAUCAAACUUAAAAUAUCAGAAAAUUUGAAUGCACCUUCUCCUCCAAACGAUCUCACGGCAUUUUUUGUUUAUUGCAUACAAAAAUGCCUUUCUUGCCCAAAUGAAUUUGUGUUGACUGGGAUUAGUUACUUUUUGGAAUUAGUUAAUUCUUCAUGUCAUUAUGCGGCUUUAGUUAUUUUGGUACGUGCAGUAGCUACAUUUUCGUCACGUAUUCAUUUACUUACGGGAAAUUUGAUAUUUUGUGAAUGUUUUGAACGCCUUUUGCAUGCCGACGACACAUCGUAUGCUUAUAAUGCUUUACAGAUCUUUACUGGUGGUGAUAAAUUUCCUGGUCCUGUAAUAACUUUUCUCUCUUCGGCAAUCAUUUAUCAAAUAUAUACUUCUAACAUUCAAAUUGAGCAAAGGAGGGAAUUAACACUAACUUGGCUUCAAUUGUUAACAUGUCAAAAACCAAACUAUAAAUGGAAUGAUGAUAAAAAUAUUCUUUUCUUAAUUGGAUGUUUAACAGAAUGUGCAUUUUUCUUUGACCAUAAUGAACUUUUUGGAACAAUUGAGCUGGUGCAAAAAUUAUAUAAAAUACAAAAUCAGCAAUGGAAGAAGUCUUCUUCUGGUCCUUUCUCUUGGUUUUCAUCAAAUAUUCGCCCUCAACUUAUUAGCUCAAAUCUUUUUUCUGUCUCAAAAUGGGCAACUUAUUUAUUACUUUGUGCUGAGCAACAAGAAUUUUCUGAAUUUUUUGCUCAGUUCUACGAAUCAUUUCCAAAAUAUUCUAAUCGUUCUCUCGAAGAUGUUGUGAAGAAAGCUUCUUCAAAAUCUGGAAUUAAUUUUACUGUAGAUAAUUUACCUUAUUUUCGUUGGCUUCAGUUGUGUAUCGAAUCCAGUGAUUCCACAAAAGACUUCAAACAUCCUGUUUUUACUUUAGCACUUCAACAAUUGGCUAUUAAUUUAUUCCAACGAAGGAAAUCUGGAAUGACCAUUUUCUGUCCGGGUUUGCAAUUUUACAAAUGCAAGCAAAGUGAAAAAUUAUUUGAUGAAUUUCGUAAAAAUGUUUUGCAAAAUUCUUCUAAUGGACAUAAAAAUAGCAAUUCAAGUAGUAAUGUCAGUGAUGAUAGAAUUAAUCCUUCAACUGCUCCAAUUCAAACAAAUGCUUUAUUAAGAGCUUUUGAUUUGUGGAUAAGUUCUGAGCGUUGUUUUGAGGCUUCACUACCAAUUAGUAGUUAUUGUGAUUUGCCUAUGGAUUAUUUACUUCAAUUAAUUAUUUCUGGCAAUAUGCAAAUUUGGGAAGAGUUUAUUGAUCAAACACAACAUGGAAAGUCUCUUCAGCAACGAGCAAACCUUUUUGUCAAAUUAUGUCAUUUAUCAAAUGGUUCUAACGCUUCUUUUAAACAAUUCAAUAAAGAAUAUAAAAAUUUGACUGAAUUCUUCGCUUCAUUUGAAUUAAACGUCGAAAAUAUAGAUAAUGUAAAGCCAAAACCUGUAUUGAUUAUUGAUACAAAAUUGCCAAUUCCUGACAAAAUUUUUGAUUUUAUUCAAAACAAAUCAACUUUCGGAUUUAAAUCUUUUAAUCCUUUUACAAGCUUUUCCGAUCCUUCAUCUGAUACAGUUCAGCGUUUUAUUUCACGCAUGGAAGAAUUAAAUAUUGCUGCCAAAUCAUUUUUGGAUAUAAAAGAUUUUGUUGAUAAAUCAAAUUUAACUUAUAUUGAACUUUUUAAACAAUUAUAUAAGCAAUUUGAAAGGAAAUUACAAAUUACUCUUCGAUGUGGAAAUAUAUUACAAGUAACUAAUUGUCCAAGACCUGGAAUACAUGAACAAUUGGUAAAACCUUUUGAAUAUCAACAAGAAAUUGCCGACAAAAUGAAUGACAAUAGACAAAAACGAGAAUUUGAGACAGCAAAAAUACUUUCUAGAGCAAAUCAUUUGGCAUUAAUAUCUGCUCGUCUUGAAUAUCUUUGCACAGAUCUACGAAAGUAUUUUUAUUCGUGUUCUACCUUGCCUAAUUUAUCUUCAAACUUUUCGGAUAAUGAUAGGCAGCAGUUUUUGCAAAUGGGCCUACGUCUAUUCUAUGGGAUUUGUUCAAAUGUUCAAGGAGAUCAACUUUUAUUUCCAACAGGAAUGGAUGUUUUGUCUGCUUGUCUGAAAAACCUUGGAUCUACUUUUAUUGCAAAUAGGCCUGAAGAGCAAAUGAAUUUAAUGGCUGUCGUUCUUGCAGGAAAUCCUCUUAAUCAUCUAUUGGUAGAACAUUUUACUCCACAUUGUGUCCAACCUCCAGAUUUACUUGCCAAACUUUAUUCUAAUUUAUCUUUGGCUGUUCGACAACCUAACACUUCAAAAGCUGCACUUUCUUUGCUCCGUCGUUUAGACAUUGAACAUGCUGGAAGACAGCUGCCAAGCAAUCAAUUUCAGUCAUUAAUUCCCGUUAUGUUCGAAAAUUUGGUUGCAGCAACAAUUAGUCGAAGUUCAAACGAUGAAUCUCUACAAGAGCUUUGUUUAUCACAUUAUUUACAUACUAUGUUUCAUCAUUUUCCAUUUAAUUUCACAAAUGGACUUCGUCUGGCUUUGAGUGGCUGUGAUAAACAUUAUAUUCCUGUGUCUCUUUUUGAUAAUAUUUCGAAACAUUUAGAUAUCGACUCAAUAUUAUCAAAAGAUUAUUCUUUAUUAAAUCAACAAAAUUCGAAGAAUGUGAAUUCAGAGUUUUUAGAAUUAGAUGCUGAAAAGGCUUUGGAAUGUAUUAACGUAAUUGAAGGUCAAUUAAUUUCCUCAAGAAGAGAAUUAACCACAAGUCUUUUUACUGUGUGGUCGCCUUAUCUAGAACAUAUUUGUAAAUUGUCUGAGUUUUUUCUUCGUUCAUAUGUUCGAUUUUCUUUUCGUGCUGAUGCUCCUGCUGGAAUUAUGGAGAAAGAAUUGGAUAAAGUUUUUCAUAUUUCUCUAAAAUGUUGGUCAUCAUUACUUGAACCUAUUCCAAUUUCAAACUUGCCACCUUGGAAUAACAACGACACUUUAAUUGCUUCAAAAAUAAUUGAACAAUUUAUUCAUUUUCUUCUUUGGCUUCCUCAUUCUCUUUAUAUUCCACCAGAUCGUGAAUGUCCAGAAUCUCUCUUUUGGAAUUAUUUUACUUCGAAACUUGUCAAUGAACAAUUUAGAAAUGUAAGAAGUAGUGGAGCUCAAAAUGCUAACUUACUCUAUAUUUAUUCUGUUUAUGAAAGUAAAUUAAUAGCAUUAAAUUGGAGUCGAUUUUGGCCAACUUUGCUCGAUUUUGGUACUUUUGAUCAAUUAUUAGAUUAUUCUGAUAAAUUAACUGAAUCCUCUUCUUGUAAUAAUUAUAUUACGUCUUUAAUUGUUGAAAUAUUUGUUCGGUUACCUUGGCCUGGUCUUGUAGAACAAUAUUUGUGUGGAUAUCAUCCAUUGGAUGCAACUCGAACAUUUCAUUCUUUAUUGCUUUCAAUAAUUGUUAAAUGUAUUGUAAAAAGGACAAAUUAUAAACGCUCUCGUGCCACAAUGUGCAACAAAAUUAAAUUUCUUAGUGAUAAUUGUCAAUGGGUUUACGUGAAGUCUGAAGCAAUUGAAAAGGUCGGAACGUUCCUAUCUACAACUUUUCCAAAUUCAGAAGACUGGUUUACUGGAAAUAAUUCUUUAGACGAGGCGCAACAAUAUUUUUUAGAAAUUUGGAGACAAGUUUGUCAUGUUUCUACGAUUCCGGAAUUGGAAAUACCAAAAAAGCAGUCAAUUUACAUUCGAACUCAAUUGUGCCUUCUUCUUCGACUUUUUUCAAAUACAAUUGAAUCAGAACAAAAGUUAAAAUAUUAUUCGGAACUUUUGGAUAAGGCCAAUUUUCUUGUUGUUUCUGCUGAUAACAAAUUAGAAUAUCAAGAUUUUGUUUGUGAAUUUAUUAAAAUUUGGGCUGAAUAUUUUAACCAGCAUCGAGGCAAUACACAGGAGAAAAAGUGCCUUGCAUUUAUUGAACAUUUAUAUUCUAAACUAACUGAAUGGAUAGAAGCUCAUUCUGACUCUCCCCUUAUACUUCUCUUUGCGAAUAUUUCAAAAAAUUUUGAGAAAAUUCCUAUUGAUUUGGACGAUCAAUUUAGUCUCGGAAUUGCUGAAAGUUGUAUAAAUGCUUAUUUUAAAAGAAAUAAUAGUAUCAUUUCUCAUAAUUGGAGUGAACUUUCAAAAUGUGUUCAAUUGUCGAAACAUCAAGCUGAUUUUCUAUUUGUUGUUCCAAAUCCGCGUUUUCUUGUUCUCUACGCAUAUCUAGAACAAAACAAGUUUAAAACUGAGGAAACUGCGCUAUUGGCAAGAUUAAAACGACUUUCUCAUUUUCUUUUGAAUAUUAAACCAAAAUUUGUAACCAAAUCCGAGCCUUCGUUUAUUCUUUGUGUCAGAGAAUGGCAAAGAAUUUGUAUUAGUUUAUUUACACUUCCAAAUCCUUCUCUAGUGUUAUUCUACAAUUAUUUUGAUGAAUAUAUUAGCUGGCUACAUCGUGUUUAUACAGAGGAAAGUGUUAGCGGGGGAAUUCUUUCACUUGUUACAAGUAGAUUAGCACGUCGACAAUUAUUUUCUACAAGACUAAAAUUAAUUACAAAUAUUAUUCAUUUGUUCAUUUCUCAAAACUUAACAUCUUCCAAGCAAUUACCUAGAAUUCAACGUGGCCAGCAUGUUUUCAAUAAUAAAUUAAUUUCUUUCCGAGAAUUACAAAACAACAAAUCUUAUUCAGAAUUUAAUUUUGUUUUUGGAGAAGCUGAACAAUAUUUUAUUAAUUCCUCUAAUUUUUGCCUUACCGAUGCAGAUUCGUUAUAUCAAUUUCUUAUUGAAAAGCUUUAUCCAGAAGAGAAUUGCCUUAAAAAAUAA